AUGUUCACCACUUCGACUUAUAUACCUUAACAUCUUCUCUUCUAAGGUCCUAAUAAAGGUAUGUUGUUAUAUAUACAUAUAUUAAGUUGAAAGUGGUAUUGGGCAAAAUGAAAAAAGAAAAGCAAUAGAUCAUUAUUCAUAUGCAAUAGAUUAGGAAAUAGGUAAAGGAUUCAGUAGUAGAGUUUAUAAAGGAAGAGAUGAAAGAACCUUAGAGAAUGUAGCUAUUAAAGUACAAUAAUAUCUUUGUUUUAGGUGAUUGACAUGAAGAAGUUGAAGUAAUCAAUACAUACACAAUUAUUAAGAAAUGAAAUCAAAGCAUUAAAAUCCUUCAAUCACCAAAAUAUUCUUAAGCUUUUUGAUGUAUAUUAAACUGAAAAUAAUACUUAUAUAAUCACAGAAUUUUGUGAUUCGGUAAUUAUCCUGAUUUUAUGAAGGGAGAUCUAGAAAAAUUUUUACGAAAAAAUUUAAAAAUCAAAGAACCAGAAGCUAUUAGAAUAUUAUAGGCAAUAGUUCAUGCAAUAAAUGAAAUAAAUAUUAAAGGUUUUAUUCACAGAGAUAUUAAACCAGCUAAUAUACUUUUAAGCGGAAAUCAACCAAAAUUAGCUGAUUUUGGAUUUGCUAUACCUAUUUGGUAAGCUAGAAUUUAGUAAAGAAAUAUCAAUGUAGGUACUCCUUUAUACAUGUCGCCAUAAGCACUAGGACAGUAGGAUUAUUCAGAAAAAGGAGAUGUAUGGGCUGUAGGAGUCGUAUAUUUUGAGAUGCUUUUUGGUAAAACAUUUUAAAAUUUAAUUAGGUAGAACACCUUUUAUAGCUUAAUCAGAAGCAGCACUAUUAUAAAAUAUACUUAAUUAAUAAUUAAUUAUACCUUAAACACCAUUAGUUUCAGAGUUAUCAAAAGAUUUCAUUAAAAAAUGCUUAUAAAAAGAUGAUUGUUCAAGAUUUAAUGUAAAAGAUAUGUUUGAACAUAAAAUUAUAUAAUCAAAAAGUUUUUAUUAUAGUUUUUUAUAGGAAGAUCCUUUUUAAGAUAUAACUAAUAUUACUUAAUCUAUUAACAACUCUUAAAUAAAGAAGAAUAAAAGAAGCUAAACUUAAAAUUUAAAAAGAAAUUCAAACAAAGAUUAUAGCACUCUUUAAAUUGAUUUAGAAGGAUGGAAUGAAAAAUAAUAUGUUUAAUAAGAAGUAAGUUAAAGAUCAUCAAGUUAAAAUUAGAUGUAAUUACCAUAAUAAAAAUUAAAGCAUUCUUUAAAUACAUAAUUAAAUAAUAAUAAUAAUAAUAAUAAUAAUAAUAAAAUUCAAUAAAAUCAUUAAUUAAGUGCUUAAUUUAAAGCUAAUAAUGAAAUUCUGUUAUUUUAUUUAAACUAUUGUAGAUACUUAUUUAAGUUUUCAUUACAUUUAGCCAAUUCUAAAUUUUUUUAAUUUGAAAUCAGAGAUAAAAUUUUGCUUAUCUUAGGAAAAUGUAUAGUCAUUAAAAUCUGUUAAUUAUCUUAAAUUUUAGAUAAAGAAAAUAAACUAGAUAAUUAAUUUUAACUUUUAGAAUAUGAUAAAUACAAACAAAGUGAAUAAUAUAAUGAAUUUUGUUCAGCAAUUUCUGAAUAUUAAAUAAAAUAUAUGAAGCAUUUUUAGAAUACUUUGGUAUAAGCCAUUAAAAAUAGUAAAUUGUUUUAUUUUAAUAUAAGAUUUUUAAAUCGAUCCAAUAAUUGGUUCUUCUUGUAAUGAUUGUCUAAAUGAGAGUAAUACUGUUUAUGAAAUAGCUUUGUAUUAUUUAGAUAUGGGUCUUAAUAAAUUAUUAUUAAAUUUAAAUUAAAUAACAGUACUAAGAUAAUCUGAUAAGAUAGUAAAUUGUGAAGUAAAAAUUUAAUAAUUUUAGCCAAAAUAAAUUUUAUUUAUUAUUGAAGGAUUGAACAAUUGUAAAGAAUUAAUUAUGAUGAUUUAAUAAUGUAAAUACGAUUUUGGAAAAUUGUAAAAUAGAUUCUCAUUUGAUAGAAUAAUGAAACAGAAAGUAGAUCCAAUUAAUUAUAAUUUAUCAGAAUAAUUAAGUUAAAAUCAAUUUUGA